AGUGAUGCAUAAAUAACCAAUUGAAAUUGGCAUCAUUUCCCUAAAAUCUCUACACCAUUUCUUUCUAUCUCCUCCCAUUCUGCAAAAAGAUGGAGUUUUUCGAAAAACCCGAAUCUCAAUUUUUCAUAGGGAUUGCGGUUGCUCUGCUUUCCAUCGCCGCCUCAAUCUACGUCUUCUUUUCCAAGAAGCCCGGAGAAAGAUCGUGCCUGGACCCCGAGAAAUUCAAGGAGUUCAAGCUUGUGAAGCGCACGGAGCUGAACCACAAUGUGGCCAAGUUCAGAUUCGAGCUUCCCACCCCUAAUUCGGUUCUGGGUCUCCCAAUAGGACACCACGUCCGUUGCAGGGGUAGGGACGAUAAAGGGGAAGAGGUUCUAAGACCUUACACUCCCAUCACAUUGGAUUCCGACGUUGGGCACUUCGAAUUGGUUGUCAAGAUGUAUCCCAAAGGAAGAAUGUCUCACCAUUUCCGGGAAAUGCGCGAGGGCGAUUGUCUGGCCGUGAAAGGGCCGACGGGUCGUUUCCGGUACCGGGCAAACCAGGUUCGUGCUCUCGGGAUGAUUGCCGGAGGGUCGGGCAUAACUCCGAUGUUUCAGGUUGUUCGAGGGAUUCUUGAGAACCCGAAAGACCAGACGGAGGUGAGCCUUAUCUAUGCCAAUACGACAUACGGAGACAUUCUUUUGAAGGAGGAAUUGGACGGAUUUGCUUCGGAGUUUCCGGGGCAUUUUAGGGUUUACUAUGUGCUGAGCCGGCCUCCGGCGGAUUGGAGCGGCGGCGCCGGUCGCGUGUCGAGGGAAAUGAUAGAAACUUACUGCCCAUCGCCUGCGGAUGAUGUCAAGAUAUUGAGGUGUGGACCGCCGGCCAUGAACAAUGCCAUGGCGGCUCACCUUGAUGCUCUUGGCUAUAAACCAGAGAUGCAGUUCCAAUUCUAGGAAUAUCUUGGGUUUGUUGGGGAAGGAAAGAAGAUUAUAUGGUUUGUUGGGGAAGGAAAGUCCAAACUAAGACUAAAACAUUGAAAAUAUAUCGGUUUUCCAUGUUUUUAUUCCCGAAAUAGGACUUACAUUACCAUACAUGGUCAUAUACAUUACAAAAAAAGUAUAGUAACUUGUAAUUUUAGUCCUAUUUAGGAUGAUUUCUAUUUAAUUAUUGUAAUGUAUUUUAAUUAAAAGCGUAGGAUGUACGGAGUAAUUAUAAACUCUCCUCUUUUUU